AUGUCUCACCAGCAUCACGAUCACUCAUCCUUCGGCGGUGCUCAUGGAGGAGGACAUGAGCAAGGCGGUCACAACAAAUCAUCCUUCGGCGGUGGCGCCGGCCGUGACAAUGAAAACAAAUCAUCCUUUGGUGGUGGUGGUGGUGGUGCAAACUUUGAAACUGGUGGCCACAACAACUCAUCCUUCGGUGGUGGACACAAGGAAUCAUCUUUCGGUGGUGGCAAUGAGCGUUCUGGUGGUGGCAAUGAGCGCUCCGGUGGCUUUGGCGGCUCCGGUGGUAGGGAAGGUGGUAGACACGGCAGCUCCGAGGAUGCACGUGGAGGUCGGUUCUAA